UCUGUUUCUGCUGUGCGUGUUAUAUAUACCUCGCGGCGAUCGGUGCGCGAGUGUGUCUGUGCUUUUUUGUCACAUGUAGUGCGUUACGCUUCUCUGUUGAUAUUUUAUCUCUGUGGUGAAAAAUUCAAGUGAUAUGUAGCUAUUGGGCGGUGAGGAUUCAAGAUGCUUAGUGAAUUAUGAUUAAUACAUAGUAAAGAGUGUUACAUUUUUUCAGAAAAGAAAUCGUUUUUACUGCUCUACAUUUUCGCUCGAGUGUGUAAGUCAGUACCAAUAACAAGUGCUGCGGUAGUUAAUAUAAUCCAUACCCCAUCCAACACCAUCGGCAGAAUCUCGAAUAUCUCCGAACUUUUGCCUUUCGUCUCGUACCCCGAGACAAAUUAUAAGGAUCGUAAUUGGAAAGAAAAAAAUAUGCAGCUGAUGUUGCGAGACGCGAGCGAAAUACCGGAUCAGUAUAUACCGCAGAUAACGGAAAUUCUCAUCGGCUAUGGGAACGAGACGCGCGACUUUUCCAAGCCUCUGCUGGAUCCGCACUUCGCCAAUACGUAUCCCGUCUUCGUGGCCAUUUACGGGGUCUUGAUUUUGGCCAGCAGCCUGGCGAACUUCGCCAUGAUCAGGCACAUCUUUUACCACAAGCUUCACAAGGAGGCGACCUGCGCCUUUCUGGUGAACAUCUCGCUGGCCAACUUGUUACACGUCAUGUUCGUUUUGCCGCUCACGCUGGAAGUCAUAUUGACGAAGAAUUUUAUAUUCGGACAGUUUAUGUGUUACUGCCUGCCUAUGUUACAGGACACACCGAUACACGUGACCAUGAUGACGUACGUGCUCAUCGCCGCCGACAGGUAUCGAUUCUUAAUCGACCCGCGCAAGGCCAGAAUUCCGGCGUUCGUCUGCGCCAUGGGCUCCUGGUUCUUCGCCAUCUGCUUGGUGCUGCCGUUCCCGGUCUACACGUCUUACUUCGACGCCGCGGUAUCGCCGCUUCUUCGUGGGCUUCAGCUGUGCUACGCCAAUUUAAUGGACGAUAUCAAGGAGUACAUGAGAAGUUUAUUCAUUGGAACUUACUUGGUCCCGUUAGCACUUAUCAUGUAUUUAUACGUCAGAGCGUCUCGAGAGCUGGAGAGACACGAAACUUUAACGGCUCUGGCUACCUUCAAAACGAGACUAAAAAAAGUGAGCAAUCCCGCAGAGAGGCAAAACAGUAACACGAGUUCCGAUGUCGUUGCUAUUCACACGAAACGCGAGGUUGGAUAUCCAAAAACGAGCGGCGGAACUAUUUCCGCCGUUUUCGAAAUCGAGGAGUGCGACGUUGACGUGCGCAAAGAGAAGCGAACGCAAAAAUAUCUCAUAUGCAUGGUCGUUGCGUUCGCCGCGUGCCUGGGCCCCUUGAUGCUUCUCAGACUCAUAAGACCGGCAAUAAAAGAAACCUAUUAUAACACGCACCACGUCGGAUUAGUUUAUAUUGCCCUCGUUUGGAUUGCGUUUCUGCCGUCGUUAUUGACUCCCUGCUUUUACGCGCAGUGGCAAAUGAAAAGAUUUUCCAGGUUUCUCUCCUCGAGACGCUCGACCGGCGUCAGCGGCGCCAAUCAGCAGCGCUGCGGGGGAUCGUCCUCGAUGCUCGACGACCAAGACGACGAUCAACGCCGUCUGCAGCGCCGAUCGCACGUCAGCAGCUCGUGGUGCAGCGAGGCCGGCACCGUGGCCAGUGUCUCGUCCGGCCAAUUGUGCCCUGUCGGAGCGAGGAUCGGUGGUGCCGGUGGCAUCUGCAGCAGCACCACCAACACCACCGUGAUCAGCUGCUCGUCCAUUCCUCACGUCGAGGCCGCCGCCGUUGCCGCACGACUGCAGAUGCAGCAGCAGCAGCAGUCGCUGGUGCCGAUUAGCCAUAAAUCCUACAAGAGUAAUCUCGCGCGGUAAGAUCGAUUUAAUAGGGACACGCGCGAGCGCUACGUUUGAAUUGAAAAUUCGGGAAGAAGCUGAGACGAAUUGUAACGUCGCGCGACGAAGACGUAUUGGAUUCCCCGUGUACAUAUAUA